GUCUGUAGAACAUUUGCCCUGGCUUACUGAUUACCACUCUUCUCUGAAGUUUUAUUUACCAGAAAGGAACAUUCUUAUCAAAUCUUGGAAGCUAAGGGAAGGGAAGGGGGGAAGAAACACAGCCAGAGUCCGGGGCGGGGCCGCGCCCGGAGGAGGCGGCAGCGGUGGAGGUGGCGCCCACUCUUCAGGCGGGGGCGCGGAGGCUGGGACAAUGGCGGCGCCACGCACGCUCGUGGAGCUCUUCUACGAUGUGGUGUCGCCGUACUCCUGGCUCGGCUUCGAGGUACUCUGCCGAUACCAGCACAUCUGGAACAUUAACCUGCGUUUUCGUCCAGCUUUUCUUGGUGGCAUAAUGCAGGCAACUGGUAACAAGCCCCCAGCAAUGUUGCCAAAGCGUGCUGAAUAUUUACUGAAGGAUAUAAAAAGGAUGGGAAAGUAUUACCAAGUCCCUGUACAAAUUUCAGCAGAUGACUUCCAACGUAUCCUCAGUAAAGGCAGUCUUGGUGCCAUGCGCUUUAUCACAGCCAUUGAUAUGACACAACCACAGUUUGUGGAAACCAUAUCUAGAGAGUUCUGGAUACGUUUUUGGUCACAGCGUGAAGAUAUCAAUCAGCCGGCAAGUAUAUUGGCUGUUGCAAAACAGGCUGGGCUAUCAUCAGAGGAGGCCCAGAAGCUACUUGAAAUGGUUUCAUCCCCUGCAGUGAAGAACCGUCUGAAAGAGACAACAGAGGAUGCAAUAAAAUACGGGGAGAAAAAUGGCUGGGACCAGUUCCUUCACUUCCAAGCUCCAAGAUGUGAAAAGGGAAAAAAUAUAAGGAGAAAAAAAAAUAUGUGUGUGUAUGUAAACAUAUAUAAAAAAUGUUUAUAUACAUAUAUUAAAAAUGCAUGUGUGUGUGUGUAUAAAGUUUUCCUUACAGAACAUCCCAGAGAUGUCAAUCUCUGUUGAUCAUUUGAAUGUAUACAAUUUAUGCAUAGAUGUAUUUCUCUUCCUUAACUACUAAUUUUAGUGUUCAGUCUCAUCUCCAACUAAGAAACUUGAGGUUUGCCAAUAUUAUACCUGUCUGGUUAGGUCUUUACAAACACCAGUAUGCUUCUUUUCUCUCAGCAGAUUUGUUGAACAUUAAUGAUUUCUUACAGAUUAAACAUUCUUCCUCUUUGAUUAGUUUUCCUUUCUGUUACUCUAAAAGCAUGAGGAUAAACUGUUGUUACAGCACUGA